AUGGAUCCAUUCGACAUAAUCCAGCAGGCUUUGUUGCUGAACAGCGUGGCAGCCUGGGUGUUUCUGCACCUCAAAUCUGAAUCCACCUUCAUUGUGUACCUGAAAAACCUAGUAGCUGCUGACAUCGUUAUGACGGUCCUCGUCCCGAUCAAAGCUGCAAGUGACCUGCCGGGCGCAUCUCUGGACCGUUUCUUCAAGAUCAUGAUGCCCCACAGCAAAGUGUUCAGUAAUCUGACCUUUAGCAAAGUGGUCUCAGGAUCAGUGUGGGUGAUCUUGUUUGGAGGCUCCGCUCUACCAAAUAUCAUUCUGAGUAACAAAUCGCUCGCCAACAUGACAGAGAUCAGCACUUGCAUGAAGCUGAAAGGCCCGGCCGGACUUGAAGCACACGAAAUGACGGUGAUUUCCUUGAAUGUGCUUUUCUGGCUCAUCAGUGUGGUGAUUGCGGUUUGCUAUAUUUGCAUCACAAACAAAGUGAUCCAGUCUUUUAGAAACUCCGGCAGCAACAACAACCAGGGAAAGCAGAAGAUCAAACUGCGCGUCUUUCUGGUUCUCAUCGUGUUUUUUGUGUCGUUCGGACCGUACCACAUUAUCAGGAUCCCCUAUACUUUUCAACAAGUCAACUACUCCUCCACCACCAGCUGCUCCUAUUUAUUAGGAGGGUUUGCAAAGGACCUCAGCCUCUGGUUUGCCACCACCAACAUCUGCAUGAAUCCACUUCUCUACGUGUUUCUGUGCAGGGAGUUUCAGGAAGCGCUGAAGUCCAUGAUGAAUAGUUUGUCUGUCUCGUUUUGUGGAGCCUCUGCAGAGAAAGCAGGAAGCUCUGUGCCAAAGACUAGAUUCUGA